AUGAAGGGAGCUCGCCGUGUCUGGCUGCACCGUGGCUCCCCAGAGCUCGUCGCACCCGGUCACCGCCUUCGCUUCGCUGCCUCCCCUUCCGACUCGCCGCGCCAUAACCGCCCCUCCACCUCCACGAGGGCCGAAGCCCGCCCGCAUGUUGACAUCCAGCAGGAACCCACUGCUCCCGUGCGGAUCCGCCCGCAGCCGCCGCCGUCUGACUCGUGGUGCCCGCACCGGCUUGCGCAGAAGCCCUCCAUCGCCACGUCCUGCUCCGCCCGCGCCGCAGCUGCUUACGCGCGUCCGCUCACGCGCGCCGCCCGCUCCUGCGCCCGCUCCACGCCGCCGGUCCCGAGCGCCCGCACGCCGCCCGCCAGCUUCCGCGCUUGCGCCAGCGCCCUGCUGCUUCACCCGCGCCAGCGCCGCCCGCGCGCUCCGCCGUGCGCCGCCCGCCAGCUUCCGCUCGGCUCACGCGCCUGCCAGUCCCCGCGCUGCCGCCUGGCGCUGCGCCGCGAGCUGCCCACGCACGCCGUCGCCUGCGCCGCGCUCGGAUCCACACCGGGUUGUCCUGCGCGCCACCGCUCGCCCUCGCUCCCGCGCCUGCCCCGCGCCCGCGCGCCGCAGCCGCCCGCCCCAGCUCGGCACCUCCCGAGCCGCACGCGCCCGCGCCCGCCUGGAGCCGCGCUGCCCAGCGCCUGCUCUGAUCCACGCCAACCCAAAGGGAUAAGGUAA